GGAAGCGGACUGCCAGCAAUCGCCGAGCUUCGCUCCUUAGAGGGCCCACCCUGGAUCUCUCUGCCAUAUUUUUGGGGAUUCGGAUGAUGCCUGCUGCGACUGGACGGGCAGACUUUUGAGUGUUUUGGUCCGAUUCCCUCCCUAUAAAGAAGCGAACAACUUUUGCCAAGCAGGAUGAAUCCCAGCGAAGGUGCGGCGCCACUGGAGAAAUACAAGCUGGUAGUGGUCGGUGGAGGCGGCGUGGGCAAGAGCGCCCUAACUAUCCAAUUCAUCCAGUCUUACUUUGUUUCUGACUACGACCCCACAAUUGAGGACUCCUACACAAAAGUCUGCAAUAUUGAUGGUAUCUCAACCCGACUGGACAUUUUGGACACUGCUGGUCAAGAAGAGUUUGGAGCUAUGCGGGAACAAUACAUGCGUACAGGAGAAGGUUUCCUCCUUGUUUAUGCUGUCAAUGACCGGGGCAGUUUCAAUGAAAUCCACAAAUUCCACACUCAGAUACUUCGAGUGAAAGACCGUGAUGAGUUCCCUAUGGUCCUUGUUGGCAAUAAGACUGAUCUGGAUCAUUAUCGACAAGUAACUGAAGAGGAGGCCCGUUACUUUGCUCGGGAGAACCGAAUCCCCUACAUGGAAGCGUCUGCAAAGGUCCGAUUCAAUGUGGAUGAGUCUUUCUAUGAGCUGGUCCGUGCCAUCAGGAGGUUUCAUGAAUUGGAAUCUCCCCCUGCCCCGGCCUUUCACCCUAAAAAGAAGGAUCGCAAAAGCUGUCCUUGUUCCCUUCUGUAAACUGCCAUCCCACAUGAAGCCACACAGCCUGGAAGAGGAAGAGGAGAGGCUGAGAGUCCUUCCAACCAAGAAGACAGAGCAGGAUUUUCCUCCAUCUCUCCUACUACAAUUAGGGCUGACACUGUGUAUUUUUUUAGCUACACAAAUGUAUUACCAUUUUUCUCUCAUUGCACAGGAGUCUGUAAACUGAGAAGAAAGCAGGGAUUCGACAAGUUCUUCUCUUCAGACAUAUCCUGAAUCUAUGGGAUGUGCAUUCAGAUUUGUUUGCUACUUUGCCUUCUUCCAUGGAAAUCGCUUUAAAGGUGCUUUUUGCCAAGGGGCAGAAAAUUUAUUCAUUUGGAUAAAAGUGGCACAGGAUUGUAAAUUUCAGUGGCAGUCUACUGAUACAGUGAGUUAAAGAAUAGGAAUCAGUUGCAAAGGAUCAUUUAUUUCACUGCAGCUAAGGGCAAGCUUUUGCACAUACACAGUUAUCUACAUAUUGAAAGACAUGGUACAAAUGCAUUUUAAAAGGUACUAUCAUUUUUCUAUUCCUUUUAUAAAAAAAACACUACAAUUUAUAGACAUAAGCCACACAUGGGCCAAACUGCAAGGGAAGCAGCUGCAGACACAAUUAUACUGUCUUGUCAGUUGCCAGUAUUGACUUUUUCGUUCCUAAAGCAGAGCUAAAAAGAAACACACUUUAUAGCAGUGUUUUUCCAAACUUAACAACUUUAAGAUGUGAAGACUUCAAUUUCCAGAAUGUGUGGAUCUCAACUCCAGCAAGAAGUCCCCAGCCAGCAGCUGAAGUCUUCAAGUUGCCAAGUUUGAAAAACAAUGCUUUACAAUAAGGAAAUGUGUAAAGUUGGAGGGAAGUGGGGGAGCUAGCCAACUCUUUGAUAUUUUAACAGAAGAUUGUGAUGGCUGUCACAAUAUCAUUGCCAUAUUGUGAGAGUCACCUAAUCACAAAGCAGUUACUAUGAUAGGUAUGAUCAAUUACAAAAUACAGCAUUGUUGAGCAACCACAAUUUAUUGCAGGGAAAUUGUACCACUGAGCAAAAUGAUGACUAAAUGAACCACAUGACAUAGAGAAAUGCUGCACAGAUCACUCAUUCUAUUUCAUUCAGAAAAAAAGUUUUCACAUAUGGCACUGCCAGGGUUACUCUCCAGGGUGUAUCGUUGUCAGUGCAGAAAUUAGGUCAUAUGUGUACACAUUGGUCAGAAACUGGCUUUUUUUUACUACUAACUACUGCUGUCGUAUUUGUGAGCAGCCAUUAACUGCAGUAGUUGCUAAACAAGAACUGGCUGUUUCCAUCAUGCCAAUAAAUGGUGAUGCUUCCUGCAGAACCACUUACUAGGCUCUCAAUGUUCUACCACCCUAGCUUACAUUUUAAGAUGGUGAAGGUUCGAAACCUGAAAUGCAUGCUAGAAUUAAGUUUCAGUUUUGUAAAUUGCUCAGUUCCAAAAUUGCUCUGUUGAAGACAUGGCCAGCUUUUCUUAAAUUCAUCCUUUCUUCCCCACUUCUGUAAUGUACUUGUAAGGGAAAGUGACAUCAAGAACUUAAAAAAACAACAACUCUUUGUGUAAGUAAUUUUUCUUCUUAGUAGGAGUUCCCAUCAUCUUUAGAGAUACUAUCAUGUUGAAGUAUACCAUCAUUACUGAAGUAUCAAUACUGCAGUUGCAUACAUGUUUAAUUGGAUGAUUUUUGCCAGUGGGUCCUUCCACUCUGGCAUGCCAUUCAACACUUCCAUCUAUCAUUUUCAUUGUCUAAUUCUUCCAUCAUCCAUCACCUUCCCCAGACCUCAGAUGUGUUAAGAUUACAAUUAUCAGAUGAUAUUAGGGUGGGAGUAGUGAUUAAUAUAUUCAAUCUGGACCUCUUUGUUUAUGAUUAUAGAAGCUUGCUGAGUCAGUUGCUACCUCCCAGUCACCCUAUCAAGAAGAUAUGGGGAAAAUAAAGGGGAAAGUGUUAGGCCUUGGACAAUAUACAAGAUAUAGGACAAACUUCUCAGCAGACAAGACUAGAGAAGGUAUCCUGUGAGACAAUCUUCACUUAUGUAUCUACUGAUGCUCCCAGAAUAUAAAGAUUUGCAGUUUAUAAAGUGAGUGGAUGUAUUGAAUGUCAAGAGUAUAAGUACUGUAUCUUGCUUUCUACUCUUCUACCAUGUUGCAGAGCAUGGCAUUCCAGCUAUAAACGCCAGAGUCUCCUGAGCAAAGAUUAUAUAGUAAAGCCUUGGGGUUUCCUCCUUAAUUACUUAAUUAAAACUGAUUGUGGCAUAUGCCCUCAUAGACGAGACCCUUUGUUAAUUUACAAGGCUACAGUUACAAAAAUGUGUUGUAGUGCCAAAGCGAACUCACAAGGCACCAUGGAUAUUUUAAAUUUCUAAAGGAAGCAGCAACAUUUGACAGACUCUAGCAAUGUAAUUUAAAGUAUCCCAUAGUAUCCUUGUAAAUGUGCUGUUUGUUAAGCCAAUGGUUCUGAAAUGGCACUAUGAGCCAAGAAAGUUUGGGAACUUCUGGUACGGUGUUAUUCUAAGGCCAAAAGGAAUAUGCAUACAUAUAUGUUCACCUAGGUACAAGGACACAGCAGGAAAAUUAAAAACUGAUUAAAUGAUAAAAUGGCCAUAGCUUGUGAAUGUAUGACUUAACCAUAAUUUUAAUAAACGGAAACAUUUCCAUUACCAGUGUGUAAUUUUACUGUGGUGGUAGAUAACAAGCACAUAUAAAAGGUCAACACACUAGGUUAAGGAAGCUGAUAUACUAAGCCACAAUAAGUUUUAUUUGGUUGGCUUAUUCUGUGAAAAAAGAUGUGUGCUAUAUGAACUUGGCCAAUCUUGUAGGGUUAACUCUACAAAGCACUAACUUUCUAACAAAUAUGAAUCUUUUCUAAGGUGUGUGUGUUUGUGUGUGGGGAAAUCUUAAGAAAUUUCUGGGCCUAUUCCCUUUGUUAUUACUAUUCCUCUUGGUCCAAGUUCCUGGGGAGCCUUAUGGCCAGUGAAAGGUUGCCAUUCCUCAUACGCAUCAGCCUUUAUGUAAUACUUUUACAAACUUUUUGGUAGAACAAAUUUCCCCAUCUUAAAAAAUGGGGUGGGAUACCUUUAAAAAAAUGCAUACUUCUAUUAUCAUUCACUAAAUGUAUGUGUAUGUUUAGAUAUAUGAAGAUUGCUAUAAGUUUUAUGAUUGAAUUGUCUCUGAGACAUUUAACAUGACUGUGCACGAAAUGAAAAACAGUAUGCACUUUUAUAUACAGAAAGCUUGGGAGGGGGAAAAUUUUUGAAAUAUAAAGUUUAUAGUAUAUUAAAAAGAAUUUGUAAUGACUCAGUAUGAAUUAACAUGGAGAGUUAAAUAUGUUCUUUACUAAUCAUUCUGGAAGUUAAGUAUUUGUGUUUAGUGAUUUAUGAUAGCCCCGGAGAUAUAAUUAUAAAACUCUGAUUUCUCCCAGAUAGAUAUAAAAUUGCUUUCUGCAAUCUAGAAAAAGUUUAAUUCUGAACAAUCUUUACAAAUCUUGAUUUUCUUGAGCAAUGAUCAAUUGGCAUCUUACUAGUGGAAUUGUAUAGAAAUUACGUAAGGUCAUUUUGACUUAAUCAGUACACAGCUUACAAUGUGAGUUUUACGUAUUGAGAAAAAACAGUAAAUUGUGGCAGUCAUGUGACUGGACCCAAUUUUUCAAUGUUUUUUGCUGCAGUCAUUAAGUAAAUAGCGCUAUUGUUAAGUGAAUCAUAUUUUUUUUCCAAUGGGUGAUUUUUACGUGAAACUGGAAAUGCCAUAAACUGGCAAAAAUAUCACAAUUGCGGUCAUGUGACUGCAGGAUGCUACAANAGCUG